UGGGAGGGUGGAACCGAUUUUGCAAAGCGAGGCUGAGAAAGGAGCGUGCAGGGGGCAACGACACUAUGGAGCCCGGCCCAGGCUAAGGGGCAAGAAGUGGUCCGCCGUGCCGCCCUUCGCGGGGGUCUAGUGGGGAGAGCAAGUGCCAUGCUAGAGCCCCGCGAAGGGUCUGGGCCCCCGAAGCAGGUGUCCCUCCAAGAGGGCUUCCGCGAUCCCGAGCGGCACCAGCGCUGGGCCAGCCUGUUCGAGCAGCUAGACACCAACAAGGAUGGGCGAGUGGACAUCAACGAGCUUCGCGAGGGCCUGGCGCGAAUGGGCAUGGAGGCCGGCCCCCAAGCCGAGCAGGAUAUCUUACGGGAGGGUGACACAGAUCAUGAUGGAGAACUCAACUUUGAGGAAUUUGCUCAGUACCUUCAGGAGCGGGAACGGAAGUUGUUGCUGAUGUUUCACAGCCUGGAUCGCAACAAUGAUGGCCAGAUCGAUGUCUCUGAGAUCCAGCAAACUUUCCAGUGCCUGGGAGUUUACAUCUCUCUCCAACAAGCGGAGAAAAUCUUGCACAGCAUCGACAAAGAUGGCACUAUGACCAUUGACUGGAAUGAGUGGCGAGACCACUUCAUCCUCAAUCCAUUAGAGAACAUGGAAGAGAUAGUGCACUAUUGGAAGCACUCAAUGGUCCUUGACAUUGGGGAGUGCCUCACUGUUCCUGAUGAGUUUUCUGAGAAAGAGAAGAAAACUGGGAUGUGGUGGAAACAACUCAUAGCUGGAGCUAUGGCUGGUGCUGUCUCUAGGACUGGAACUGCACCGUUGGAUCGAUUGAAAGUUUUCAUGCAGGUCCAUGCAUCAAAGAACAACAGCAUGAAUGUGCUUGGUGGACUAAAAGGCAUGAUUUACGAGGGAGGCAUAAGCUCGCUCUGGCGGGGCAAUGGCGUCAACGUUCUCAAGAUUGCACCUGAAUCAGCCAUCAAGUUCAUGGCUUAUGAGCAGAUAAAGCGAGCAAUUCGUGGCCAACAGGAAACUUUGAGGGUACAGGAGAGAUUUGUUGCUGGCUCACUGGCUGGGGCCACAGCACAGACCAUAAUCUACCCCAUGGAGGUCAUGAAGACACGAUUGGCCCUCGGCAAGACAGGCCAGUACUCAGGUGUGGCAGACUGUGCCAGGCAGAUCCUACAGAAGGAAGGAAUCCCUGCCUUUUACAAGGGCUACCUACCAAAUAUGUUGGGCAUUAUCCCCUAUGCUGGUAUCGACCUGGCUGUUUAUGAGACACUGAAGAACACCUGGUUACAGAAGUACAGCAAGAAUACUGCUGACCCAGGAGUUUUGGUCCUCCUGGCCUGUGGCACCGUCUCCAGUACCUGUGGCCAAAUUGCCAGCUAUCCCCUAGCCCUGGUGCGAACCCGGAUGCAGGCACAAGCAUCAAUUGAAGGUGCACCACAGCUAACCAUGCUGGGUCUCUUUAGAAACAUCCUUUCCCGGGAAGGGGUCCUGGGUCUCUACCGUGGCAUCGCCCCCAAUUUCAUGAAGGUUAUUCCUGCUGUCAGCAUCAGCUAUGUCGUGUAUGAGAACAUGAAGCAGGCUCUGGGAGUAACAUCUAGAUGAAGGAGGACCUUGUGUCGCCAAAGUGCAGGGGACUUAGCUCACAAGAAAGGUGUUGGAAGGGCAGCAAAGUUGGGAUAUCCUAUUGUAAUUGCUGUGAAAUGGAGAGCUAAGAGGGUGUUUGGAAUGAUUGGGUCCAGGCCACCUUGGUCAAAAGUACAAACUUUUCCAUGAACAAGAGCCAACUUGCUCACUAACAACCAAGUUUAUCCUGCAAAGGCCUUGGUUAGGGGGAAAUAUAGUGACCUCUUGGAGGUAUUUUUUUUUUCUUGCCCACAUUCUGGAAUUUGCAGAGAUUGUCUCAUCAAACAGACAUAUUUCUGAGCCACCUGUUGCUCCUGCAUAUGCAUCUUGUCCCCAACAACUGAACAUGAGAACCAUGACAUAUUAACAGCCAUGUCAUAAUCUAGUGGAAAAGGAGCUAAGUUGACAAUGAUUGCUCUGGACGUGUUGCUAGAUUUCAAGGAAUUGCUGGUGAAAUGGGUUGACUCUUGAUAAAUAGCCCUGCUAACCAAUACUGGAGGAAAUACAUUCAGAAACAAUUCACUGAUGGCACUAGAAUAUCUGUGAUUAUUCCUUGGAGCCCACCGAUUUCUUCUGCAGAUAUUUAGAAAUGGGAAUAUAUGAAUUUUUGAGGACUUUGGCCAAUAGAUUCCACUCUUCAUUUAGCAUUUCUAUUUACAAUGAUGAAUUCCUUUUGAUUCUUCCCUCUUCCGUUCCUCUUAGAACCUAUAGGGAUGAUGGAGCCCCUGGUAUUUGCAUUUUAGCCCAGAUCCACUUUACUUGUCUCUGUACUAUGGAAACUGUCUGUAUAUUUUGCACAUUGACUGUUUUUAAUUUAUAAGGCUAGAUUGCUGUCUCUACCUGGACCUCUACGGCUGAACUGACGCCUCUCCCAUUUUAUCCCCAUUCCCUUUCCUUCUGUUCUGAAGGAGCAGAGAAUGUUGGAAUACAUUACAAGGGCUACUAUUUUGCGGUAACCAUCGAAGCACUUUGCUGAGAUCCCCUAAUAUGGUGUGUACAUAUUUCUACUCAUUUUGAGAUAUUUGCACUAGCUAUACUAGCUUCAUUGUUGCCAUAAUUAAGGUCCUUGAAGCCAUGCAUUCAGGAUUUCUUUGGGCUCUGCUUGGUAUUGCUCUCCUCUUUUAUUUAUGACCAGCUGAAUUACAUUGCAGUAAUUCAUUCAUUUUUUUCUUUUAUGUUGGAAAGUUGGAAAAGGCAGGAUGGAGGCUAUAGAUUAUUCAGUCCACAGAUUCUCGUCUCACAAAAUUCCCCUUUACCAGUGUCUCAAUAAAUGUUUAACUUCAUCUUCCCAUUCAAAAUGGGUAACCUGGUAUCCAUCUAGAAGAAUCCUACUGGAGAAGGCUGUGGAGUCCUGCAUUCUAUCACACCCAGCGUAGUUGGCAAAACCAAGUAAGCAAGAGCAACAUGGAUUUCAGGAAUAUAUCUUUCAUGUUGUUUUGGGGUGGAUACAGAAUCCUGAAAGCUGUUAGGGUUGAAUCCCUUUGAAAACCUAUUUUCCCACAUCUCUCACAUCUGGACAUGUUGCCUCUUCUCAGAUAAACCAAAUCCUUGUCCCCUGCUUCUAUGCAAUCUCUCACGCCCACCAGUUGCAUUUGAGAGAACCACAGCCAUGAAUAGGAAGGUAACAGACCUAUUCCAUUGUCACUUUUUAAGAGCUGCUGUUGCCUUUUCCAAUCUGAUGUCCUCCAGAAGUGUUAAUUACGGUUCCCAUUAUUUCCAGCAAAAUACGUAUGUUGAAGAAAGCUGUAAUGGUGGAUACAAUAAUAUAACUGACUUUUGGGAUUUGAGUCAUAUCCUUGAAAGAGUAUCAUUGGAGUGUCUGCCACAAUUGUAGCUACACUAGAAGUAAGUUGAUGCAGGAGAGAGGCACUGCAAGAAAUGAAUGCUCAAAAAUGGGAGAGGAUUUAUGUUUUUGUCAGAUUAGAGUGCUACUUCAGUUUUAGUUACUUACAAGAGGUAAUCAGAUAGAGAAUUGACACUUCCAUUUGAGAAAAGUACCUCAUUCAGUAGAUAGAAAGGACCUCUUGCAAGUAAGGCAGGGUUUUUUGUUCUUCUUGGAAGUUCUUAUAAGACGCGCCUUCAAAUGAAGUGCCAAGGACAGUGGAUGUUUUGCCCCACUAGAGUUUUCAGUGGUAUGUUCGCAACAGUCCACCUUAUCUAUAAGGGAGUGGAUUUUAAUCAUGUAUAUGAGCUUUCAGUUCCGUAAGAUCUACCUCACUUGGUUAUUAAAUGUCUGAGUGAGAAAACAAGAUAGCAAUAGCAUUUAGACUUAUACACCACCCCAGAGUGCUUUACAGUACUGAGUGGUUUAUAUUGUCAGCAUAUUGCCCCCAACAAUCUGAGUCCUCAUUUUACCAACCUCAAAAGGAUGGAAGACUGAGUCAGCCUUGAGGCUGUGGGCAUUUAGCUUGCAAUACUGUAUUCUAACCACUGCAUCACCAGGCUCGGGAUGAUACAAGGAGAUUCUUCCAGGGAGAAAGGUGAAGAAUGAUUCACCAGAAUGAAAAAUAGAGAAAGAUGCAAUGCCUUGCACAAUAGGAUCAUGUCCUUUCUAAGCUGCUUUCAUCUGGGAAAUGUUAACAUUUUCAUUGGAAAUAUUGUACAUUUAUGAGUUUAUUAAAAUAAGGGUAGGAUUCUACACCCAUUUAUUUAGCAUUAAUAUCAUGAACUAAAUAGAACUUGCUUCUGAAUGGGCAUUUGAAAAUUGUAUUGGCAUUGGUAUAUUGAUUCGAUAGGUAGGAUGGACAAGAGUUGGCAUCUCCCAAUAUUAUUUUGGGGUCCUGCAUCCAUUCUUCAGGGAAGAUUCAUUAAGGAAAAAGUGCAGGAUUGUCAAGUUCCAAAUUUAAAGUGCCUUUUAUAUCUUUAUUAGGCCAACAAUUGCUAUUUCUGCUACCCAUCCACAUUCCUAUAUUUUGUCCCCUUCCUGAUGCCUGUAAGGAAGGAGGUUCUCAUUUGUCUUGUAGAGAAUGUGAAAGAAGAUUAUAGAGAAAGCAAGUAUGAAAGCUGCCAUUGUCUCAUCUCCCCAUCCUCUUCAGCUUCAUGUAUAUUCAAAAGAAAGGAGAAUCUCUGGUUUGUACGAGAUACUUAUAUGUGACAUAUUCCAAGAUGUGGGCAUUGACAUGUCUAGAGAGUCCAGGAAUGGAAGCAACAGGCUUGAUAAGAUGUCCUCAAAUGCUUUCCUGGCAUUAGUUGUACCCAAAAUGUAGUAGCAGCAACCAACUUGCAUGGCUUUACACAAUUUAUUUAUUUAUUUAUUUUAUUAAAUUUUUAUACCGCCCUUCUCCUGAAGGACUCAGGGCGGUGUACAGCCAAAGAUAACACACGAAAUAUAUACAAUUAAAACAUUUAAAACAUAGCAAAUUACAAAAAGGCUGAUAAUUAAAAAUGUAGUUUUAAAAUUUUUAGAAAUAUUAAUAAAACCCCGAAUUAAAAUUUAACACUAUUAUGCCAGUCCUGCUUGAAUAAAUAGGUGUGUUUUUAGCUCACGACGGAAGGUCCGAAGAUCAGGCACUUGACGUAAGCCAGGGGGAAGUUCGUUCCAGAGCGUCGAUGCCCCCACAGAGAAGGCCCUACUCCUGGGGGCCGCCAGCCGACACUGUUUGGCGGACGGCACCCUGAGGAGACCCUCUCUGUGAGAGCGUACGGGUCGGUGGGAGGCAUAGGGUAACAGCAGGCGGUCUCGUAAGUACCCGGGUCCUAAGCCAUGGAGCGCUUUGAAGGUGGUAACCAAAAUCUUGAAGCGCACCCGAAAAACCACAGGAAGCCAGUGCAGGCUACGGAGUAGUGGUGUUACGUGGGAGCCACGAGCGGCUCCCGUUACCACUCGCGCAGCUGCAUUCUGGACUAACUGUAGCCUCCGGGUGCACCUCAAGGGCAGCCCCAUGUAGAGAGCAUUGCAGUAAUCCAACCUAGAUGUAACCAGAGCGUGAGUGACCGUGCAUAAGGCAUCCCGGUCAAGAAAGGGACGCAAUUGGCGGACCAAGCGAACUUGGUAAAAGGCCCUCUUGGAGACGGCCGCCAGAUGUUCAUCAAAGGACAGCCGUCCAUCCAGGAGGACGCCCAAGUUGCGAACCACCUCGUUUGGGGCCACUAACUCGCCCCCAACAGUCAGCCGCGGAUGCAGCUGACUGUACCGGGGUGCCGGCAUCCACAGCCACUCCGUCUUGGGAGGGAUUGAGCUUGAGUCUGUUUCUCCCCAUCUAGACCCGUACAGCUUCCAGGCACCGGGACAGCACUUCGACCGCUUCGUUGGGGUGGUCCGGGGUAGAAAAGUACAGCUGAGUAUCAUCAGCGUACAGAUGAUAACUCACCCCGAAACCACUGAUGACCUCACCCAGCGGCUUCAUAUAGAUGUUGAACAGGGUAGGCGAGAGAAUCAACCCCUGAGGCACCCCACAAGUGAGGCGCCUCGAGGAUGACCUCUGCCCCCCUGUCAGCACCGUCUGCGACCGGUCAGAGAGAUAGGAGGAGAACCACCGAUAAACAGUGCCCCCCACUCCCAAUCCCUCCAUGACAUCUCAUGGAUAAUCUCUCCAUGACAUCUCACUUAGUUGUCAGAAUUUUCAGGAUCAGAAAUGUAAUUCCUUUAUGAAUACUGUUUGCUGGGUGAACAAAAUGGGAAAGAGCUACUGUGGUCAUAGUUUAUGUAAGGAUUUUCCAGAGGGAUAGGUUGGUCACUGAGAAAAACAGGAUCUUUAAUUAAACGAGGGGCUUUCAUUUGAUCCAGGAGGUUAUCUUCUUAAUGUUAAAAGAAGUUGUACUAUAACCCAAUAGUAGUUUUGAACCUCUCACUGAAAAUCUACUGAUCUUUUGAGAUGCCAAUUGGACUGAAUAAUAAGAUGAUUAUUUGAUAAAUCAGAUGAUCUCUAAUAUGUUUUCCCCAUGAAAACUAGAUACCUAAUUUGCACUUUUACACAGAACCAACUGUCUUGUUUUGGGGGACUGAACAAACUCUAAUAUACUGGUAUUGUAAUACUUUAAGCACUUACCUUGCCUAAAUCUAACUCCAGUGAGAUAUCUAUGUCUGCCACUGCUCUUGAUGCAUUUAAUGCUAAAUUUUCAAAGAGAAAAAUAAAACACAUUUUCCAAA